AUGAAAACCGUUCAUGUUGUUCUGUCGUUUUUUGGAUUUUGCAUUUUUUACGUAUUGAACGCUGAUUGGUUGGAUAAAUUAUACGAAAAUUUUAUCGAAUUUUAUUUAUUUGGUGAUUUCGAAGAAGUCGCACCUUUUAUUUCUUCAGUUACGAACGGAGCAAAAGAAUUCGAUAGAUUGAUAGAAGAUCUAGCAAAAUCCAAAAAAAAAUGGUAUAAAUCCUUUUACGUGUUUUCAUUCGUGACGAUAUCGUUAAUUUUUUUCACGCUUUUCUAUUAUUUAAAUAUAUUUUCGAAAAAUCGCGGAAUAAUAAAAGCGAGCCAUGAUUUUAUUAAACAAUUUUACGUUUUUCAAAAUCACAACGUCAAACCCGACAAGGAAGAAAUACAAAAUUUGGUCAUUGAAUUUUUAGAAAAAAAUUUCAAAAAUAUAAAUUGCAACAAAUUCGGCGACGACGUGCCCGUUAAAUUACUAUGGAAAGGAGGAACCCUCGUCGAAUCAUCGAUACAUUGCAACGUGAGAGACGAAUCCGCGGAACCUAAAAUUUUAUGUAUGAAAAAAAAAACGAAAUUAUUAGUGCAAUGCGGAGACGUGGGAAGCGGAGAUGAAAAAUCACAAUUAUCACCGACAUCGAGCGAAGAAUGCACCGUAUCGAAAAUUGCGGAAAUACGAAAACUACUGGAAUCCGAACCGGAAAUUAAAAAAACACACGCGGACAAAGAUGAUUGCAUUGAUGACGUCAUCGAUAUAAAUGCGGACGAGAGAAUAUCGAUUCGUAGGAAAAACAUGUUGAAAAAAACGUCGCAAACAUGUUUUCCACCGAAAAUCGGAUACUGUAGGAAAUCCAUUUGUCAUAAAACUUCGAAAGAUUUUAUUGAUAGAAAUGUCAGCGUGCAAGAAGAAGUAGAAGAAGUGGAAGAAGAAGAAGAAGGAGGAGGAGGAGAAGAAGAAACAGAAGAAACAGAAGCAACAGAAGCAACAGAAGAAGAAGAUGAAUAUUAUCAAUCGAGAGAUUGUUUAUCGAAUCGAUCCGAAGAAAAUGGUGAUAAAUAUUACGAAGAUUGGAAUUGGGAUAACGUAACAGAUCCGAAAUUAAUGAAUCGUAUUAAAUUAUUAGAAACGAGAUUGAAAAUAGAAGAACUUAAAAAUAAAAAUUGGAUAAAUAGAAUGUCGAGAGCAGAAGGAAUUUUACAACAGUUAAACAAACAGGUUGAAAGAGGAAUUGAUUCCAUGUCGAAAGGAGUUAACUCAAGCUUAAUCUCAGGUAGAGCUUAUCGAGGAGACGCGUCCGAUGGAGACAAGAACGGAAACGUUGAAGAUAACGAGCACGGUGACAAAUUGGGCUUCUACCACCACCACGCAUCCAAAGAGGAAUACACAAUUCACUCUUGUCAAUCAAUAUCAACCUUUUUGUACGCAAAUUCCGUCCAUGUCGCUUAG